AUGUCCGACGAAAAUCCCCACCGUAGGACCAUCGACGUGAACUGGCGCCACCCGGCUGACUACUCGCCAGAAGAUGAUGUUCCAGACGCCAACGAUGCGGAGCUUGCGGGCUCAUCCAGCAAUGCUGCAGGAAUGCCUCCCAAUGCCUCCGCCGGUCCUCACACGGGGGAGCCAGCACCUGUAGGUCUUGGAUUAAUACUAGCUGGUGCACCGCAACCAGGGGAUAAUGAUCCGCUAGUACCAGGUCCAAUGGGAGAAUUAGGUGACAACGAUGUGGUGGUCCCAGCUAUUGAUUGGGAGGCCGUUAAUUGGGAGGUUGUAUUCCCAGAUGUUGAUCUGGCGGCAUUAUAUCCAGAUAUUGACUGGGAAAAUGUACCCGAUUUGGAUAUGGAUGGGAUUCCUGCUAUCAUACCGGCGGAUGACAUAGCUAACAUUGAUCCGGACGAGAUACGCCGCCAGGUUCAGGAAGCAAUCCUACAUCUAGACUAUGAUCCGCAAUGGGCCCCGUAUUUAGUCCCUCGACUCCCUCCCAAUCUAGACGAGACAGAAGAUGCAGACGAGACAGAAGAUGCAGACGAGACAGAAGAUGCAGACGAGACAGACGAUGCGGACGAAGGUAUGAAUGAUGGCGUUCGACCAUCAUCUCCAGCAAAGGAACCAGCCCAACAGGCUUCAAAUGCCCAAAUGGCUAACCUAUCGACUCUUAGAAGAAGCAUCCGGAUCUCCGAACUGAGGGGAAGAGGUGGACGGGCAAGCUUUCUCUACUUCCCUCGGAAUCCGCCAAACAGCGGAUCGGCUGGAUCCAGAGCCUCAGCUGGACCAAGAGGCCCAGGUAGACCCAGAGGCCCAGGUAGACCUAGAGGCCCAGGUAGACCCAGAGGCCCAGGUAGACCUAGAGGCCCGGGUAGACCCAGAGCCUCAGAUAGACCCAGAGCCUCGGCUGGGCCGAGCACGUCAGCUGCUUCCCAGAACCCUGGAACGACUACAGGCCCCCCUCGUCUUGAACGAGACGGGGCUUCUUGGAAGGGAGUCGAGGACUCCGAAGAAGACGAAGAAGCAGAGUCUAGCACCGAACCUGCCUCUCAACACGACCCCAAGGAGAAAGGGAAGGGUCCCGCACGGCAGGGUUAA